UUUCUUUCUGUCAUUUAUCACACGAAAAUUGGUUUUUUUUCCAAUUACACAUGAUACAAAUUGCUAUAGAAACGAGUCCCCUAAAAUGGUGAUUUGGGGGCGCGACAGCUGAAAAUGAAAACCAAGAAAUUGAUAAGAACAACGUAAUUUGAAACGGAGCAAGUAAGCCGGCGCUGUCAAGUAGCUUUCAGUCAAAUGUUGCUUCGGAUUUUAUGGUUUUUACUAUUUUUAUCGACUUUUUGUGAUUGCGAACUUGAAUGUGUCAAAUGUGAUGGAAGGGUUAUUUCGGUAGAUAAAACAUGUACAAACUGCACCGGAGAUUACUGUUACGCCGUAAAUUAUAAACACCUGAACCCGUCUCUGAAAAACGAGCAGUCUUAUUAUCAGGGGUGCUUCACAUCUCCUACCGACUUGCCAUUGGGAUGUUCCACAAACAGCCGAGGAAGCAUUUUCUGUAUUUGCAACAGUACGGAUUACUGUAAUGAGAUGACCAACGUAAAAGAGGAGAAAAAUAUCACGUAUUUAAUUUGUGAAUACGCUAAAGAUUCGAUGUUCAGAGGAGCCGAUUGUGUGCAACCGUGGUGUGUGAAGACAGCAUCUAGUUAUAUGGAUGAGAUGGUUGAAUGCGGAGAAGGGACAUAUGAAAUGGAGAUGUAUGAUAUUGGAUUCGUCUACAGUGGUAUGUUACUACCUAUCAACUCAUGCUAUGCCGUUGCAGAUGACUCACGUUAUGACAAAAGUCAAAUUUGUACAUAUAAAGUGAACAAAACAACUCCAUACAAACUGAAAGUGCCCGGAAGUACCAAAUGCUUUGCUCCAGGAGAAGUCAUGACAAGGAUGAAAAAUUCAACGUGUAUUGGGCAGUUCUGUUACUCAGCCAGCGCUGUUUUUGGAUGCAUUUCUCAAUUCAAUAGGGAAGGAGCCAUAUUGAAAGCCGGCUUAUACCAUCUUACACCGUUUUUAACACCCUUCCAAAUCUGUGAUAGCGACUUUUGCAACAAUCAAACGUUGGAAGAUGAUGUCGAAGGAAGAUAUUCUUACCCGACAACUUAUGUGUGGAGUUCUGCAAAGAAGCAAUGCUUCGUAGUGCUCAUUUUGAUACAAUUGGUGUGGUUGGUGUAUGUCUAAUUCCCAGUUGCUCAGUUGCUCAGAGAGUUUGCCUUCAAGGAAAAGCACUUUCAGAACAUGCCCUUUUCUUGGCCGCCGUCGUUGCAAAGAUCAUUUUCUCAUUCUUUCCCAUAUUUCUUUUGCUUGUUUCUCUAAAAUAUUUGGAUUUUCCAAUAAAGAUGUCAUCCGUUA